GGCGCUUGCGCAGCGUGAACCCCACAAAGAAAAGGGCGAAGCUGAGGUGAAAAGCGGAAGCGUGAUUAAAUCCAGCGCUGGCUCCUACAAGCUUCUACUCCGACAAAAUGUCCAGCUCGUCGAACCUUAUCACUAUGAGAAAAAUCGUGCAGCAGCUGCGUUUCGAAGCAAAGAUUAACAGAGUGAAGGUGUCUCAGGCAGCUGCAGACUUGCAGCAGUUCUGCCUCGAGAAUGCGCAGCAGGACCCCCUGGUGACCGGGAUGUCUUCCAAUCCCUUCAAGCCGCCGAGGGUCUGCUCUUUCUUGUGACGCCUUCAUGGGAUGGUUGUUGACCCCCUUCCCAGAAGCCAUAUUUGCCGAACGACAUGGGGCAUUGCAUUGAUAAUAGCUGGCUCUCUCCACCUUUUCCAUUGUACUCUGUGCCUCACAGGGAUUAAACUGCCAAUUGUUUUUUCCCACCAGCAUUGAAAUGACACUUGCCCUGCAGGUGCUUGUUAUACUUGGAUGUAGUUGAAGGAAAGAGCUUUACUGGUUUUUGCAUUUGUGCCUUUUUAUGAUGUUAUCUAUUUUCACAUGCAAGUGUUGACUUUUAUAACAAAUAAAAACAAAACACAAUCCA